UCUUGGGGCAUCACGGCAGGAUGGCGAAACAGCCUUACCUGCUUCUUUUGUUUGCAUGCCAAAUACAAGCCCUGACAGCGACCCCGGAGGGACUGAGGGUUAGACAGCACCCUCCAUCUCUCAGUGUGAUGCGGGGUGAGACGGCAACCCUGUCCUGUCAUUUCAAAGUUGAAUCCCUCAAGCAUGGGGUUCAGUGGUUCAAAAUGCAGUCGGAAAAGCAGCUCAUCGCAAAGUCAUCCAGGCAGAUCGCUUCAGAGAAGAAUCAAACCUCCUCCCUGGUGAUCACCGACGUGGCGCCGGAGGAUUCUGGGUGGUAUUACUGCGAGGUGAACGUCCUGCACAGAGACCCGGAGCGGGGCAACGGGACCGAGCUGGUCGUCUUGGCACCGCCGUCUGCUCCUAAAAUAUACCUCCAGAUUCCUUCAGACCCACAGACGGAGCGCUGGGCCCUCAUCUGUCUCACCGGGGGAUUCCACCCCAGUAGAGUCACCCUCACCUGGACGCACCAAAGUGCAGCAGCCGAUAUCGAUCGCCUGUCAGUCACCAAUUGCACCCUGCCGGCAAACAACCCUCACGGCAACCUGACCGACGGAGCCCCGCUGUCUUCUUGGUUGGUGAACUCUGUGCCUCGACGUCAGUCAAAGUGUUUCCAGGUGAUGGACAACCACAGCCGGGAAGUGUUUCUCUUCAGUGUGUUUUUCCUCCCGGAGAAGCGGUCUUUGAAAACGGGGAUAACUUUCACCUGUGGGGUGCAGGACCACCCUGCCAUGACCUCCGCUCUGACUGCCUCCUUCACUUGGGAUGCCUCCCCUAAUGAUGUGAUUCUAUACCUGAACGUUCUCAAGCUGUGUUUCCUCUCCGCGAUGACCUUUGUGUUUUUAUUGGAAGCAGCCAAACGUUUCUGUGUGCGAGGAAAAUGAUGUCUGCCAUGAAACGCAAAAUGAAAUAGGAGAGAAAACAAAAAAAGGGCCGGCGGGUAUUCAGCGUGGCUCAUCUCGGCAGACCAACCUUUGACAAACAACUUCAUACAAAUUCAAGUACAGAGUCGUCACAGAAAUGAGAAGAUUAAUUCUGAAUUGCUGGUGUUAUCUACACAAUAAGUAAAUACUGCGCAUAGGUCCCUCUCUCAUUUGCAAUAAAAGUUUCUUCCAAUUUCCAGACAGGCGCUUGUAUACGUCGGGUUUCAUCUGCUUCCUCUUUGCUCUCUCAUCCUCCUUGAUUUCUUUCUGCACAUCAAAGCCGUUUAUCUGUCUAACUUUUUUUUUUUUUUAUCGCUUGCCGGUGUGCUGACUAGCGUGUUUUUUUGGAUUCGUUCAUUGUGUCAUCGGCUGCUAGCCCGCAGAUCUUAGUCAUUCACUCGGGUCUUGUGCGUCAAAAUGAAUGCUUCAUGCAUGAUCCACCUGUCAAACGGAUACAGCCAUCAGCUCAACCUCCGUGUAGGCCUAAUCCUCACAAAAACAGGAUUACAAGCCGAUGCCAGAGCUUUGCUUGUGUGAUAGCAUUGUUUAUGUUCGCAGCGUGUGGGGUGAGAUCUUGAUUCGCAUGUUGGUGGAAGUUCAUUUUAAAUUUAGGCCUGCCCACGCUGCCGAGAGCAAGAAGCGGCGCCAGAAAUAACGAUCGCAACGCUCGUUGAUGUAUCUACAGUAACGCCAGAUCGGUGAUGUCAGGAACGCACUGCUCAAUAAACUUUCUACUGCUUCA